AUCAAGGAUUGGAUCUGGACAACAUAUAACGCAUUGGGGCAGAUAUCGGGGACAAGUUCUUGAUCGUCUGUUGGGGCUUAUGGCAUCAUACAAACCAAGUUUCAUGGAGGGAAGUGUGAGGUAGCAUCAGAAUUAGGCCACCACAGCAGCUGUGAGAGGUUGAGGAAGUUUGCUGUGGAUGGACAGAAUCGUGCGUAUUCACAUAUGUGUUUUGACUAAUAAAAUGUAACCGUUUACCUCAAAAAAAACAAAAAGAAAAAUACAAAACCUGUUACGUCCGCGGGAUAGAAACGGGCGCACAACAUUACAAAAGAUUCGUCCAACCCCACAAACAACUCUGCAACUGGAAAUCCGCAUGGCGUCUCUAAAUCAUUCCGCAUACCUCCUCCGAGGCUCUGCUGACUCUCCCCUUCUACGCCCCACCUAUACAAAAACUCCUGCUAGAUUUUUCUAUCAUCCACCUAUACAACAACUGCCUCGUUCCUCUCCUCUCCGAUCUUUCUCUGACAUGUCCUCGCAAACCCCUGCCCCUGCGGUUUCAACUGUUACUAUUUCCUACACUGAACUAAAGGAUCCAAGUGCUGACAUCUCGGAGAAAAUAGAGCUGGGGUUUGGCCCCAAUGGGCUCGGAAUUCUGUCCAUAUCAGAUGUUCCAGGGUAUCCUUCAUUGCGACAACAUCUUCUACAUCUUGCACCUAGAUUAGCUAGUCUUCCAGAAGAGGUAAAGUGCGAACUAGAAGACCCUAAUAGUAGGUACAACAUUGGAUGGAGUCAUGGAAAAGAAAAGCUUGAGUCUGGAAAACCAGAUCUGCUGAAAGGCUCUUUCUACGCAAAUCCAAUACUUGACAUCCCUACAACUGAAAUAUCACUUGUUAAACGGUAUCCAUCCUACUGUGGACCAAAUAUGUGGCCUCGUCAUGCUUUGCCAGAACUUGAGCCGGCUUUUAAAGCUCUUGGAAAGUUGAUUCUGGAUGUUGGGUUGCUUUUGGCACGUCACUGUGAUCGCUAUGCAUCAAAUGGGUCCAAAUUGCACAAGGAUGGAAGUCUACAACAAAUACUUCUUCGAUCUCGAUGUCAUAAAGGCCGUCUACUUUAUUAUUUUCCUUCUCUUUACUGUAUUUCCACUGAAGAUGAUGAAACUGUGUCAUCAUGGUGUGGAUGGCAUACAGAUCAUGGUUCUCUCACAGGUCUUACAUGCGGCAUGUUUACGAGAGAUGCUGUGGAAUUACCUUGCCCCGACAGCGCUGCUGGCCUCUAUGUAAAAACGCGUUCAGGUCAAAUAGUAAAAGUGGUGUAUGGAGAAGAUGAAAUAGCAUAUCAAAUAGGUGAAACAACAGAGAUAUUGUCAAGAGGUCAGCUUUGUGCAACACCACAUUGCGUUCGGGCACCAAAGGGAGAGGCGGCAUUUGGUGUUGAACGUUCAACAUUUGCAUUAUUUAUGCAGCCUGACUGGGAUGAAAAGCUUAUUUUUCCAGAGUCAAUGAACAUCCAUGAGUUUAGCACGCCUAAUGGGUCUAUAUCUUUUGGAGAUUAUACGGAAAAGGUGCUGGACAAGUAUUAUGAUCUUGAAGCAUAAAACGUAGUCAGUUAAAAUGUACAUAUAAAGGAAAUUAUUGAUUUUUCCCCCCUUCUUUUUCGUUUUCCUACUCAGAUGUAAUCACUAUUUUUCAUUGUUAAUUUAUUAGUAACUAUCCAA